GGACCGGUCGAGUCGACGAGUGGGCCGCCGUCGCCGUCGUCGCCGCCGUGCGUGUCGUCCGUUGGCAGUCUCGUCGUCUCGCGCGUCGAGUCCGUGGAGUCGGUGGAGUCCCGGCAAGCCGUCGCGUCCGCGUCGUCCUCGUCGUCCGCGUCCUCGGCAGGCCGCGCUCGCCGCCAGCACGCCGCCGUGCCGGCCGGAAGGUAGUCCGCAGUGUCCAGAGGCGCGGAGUGCAGGCCGCGAGGGAGGGAGACAGAGAGAAGCCGCCCCCGAAGAGGACGUCCUAUGAGUGUUCGUCGCCGUCCACGGACAGACGCCGCCGCCGGGUCGCGCCCGUCGCGCCGCCACCCCUCCAGACACCACCCCCACCCCCGGUUCCAGUGGUUCCAGUGCGCCGGGAACAGUGCCAUGUUCGGAACAGAAAUUGGGUUUCUCUGACGGGAGUGCAGUGAGCAGUGUAGUGCCGUCAAGUGCCUUGGCGAUUUCUCUUGGAUUUUGAGUGCGCCUCUGCGGUCGCUGGUCGAGGAGCCAUGGACACCCUGCUAUCUCGCGCUGAGAUCCCCAUCAUAGACCUGGGGCUGGUCGGCGGCGAGGCCAGCUGGAGCGAGGCCGACGCGCUGCGGGUGGCGGCGCAGCUGCACCGGUCGCUGUCCGAGACGGGGCUCGCGCUGCUCGUCAACCACGGCGUCUCCGAGGACAAGCUCCGCGCCGGCUACGAGGCCAUGGACCGCUUCUGCGCGCUGCCGCAGGACACCCGGGACGUCUACCGACGCAUCCCCCCGCACCAGCACGGCUACGUGGCGCCCGGCACGGAACGGCUGUCCGAGGAGUGGAUCGGCGAGAUCCGGCACACGUUCAACGUGAGCGUGUGCGACUGCUACUGCCAGCACUCCGUGUUGGCGGGCAAGCUGCCGCCGCACGACGAGGUGCCCGGCUUCCAGGAGGCGGUGGACGACCUCGGCCAGGACUUCAAGCGCCUGGCCAGGCUGCUGCUGCAGGCCGUGGCCGUGGGGCUCGAGCUGCCCGUCGACUUCUUCCUGCAGCACCACAAGGGCAUGACCGAGGAGGGCGCGGUGCGCGCCGAGGGAAGCCCCACGACGCCGACCAUCCAGAUCGACCCGGCGCCGCCGUCCAGCAGGCCGUCGAGUAGGCCGUCGAGCACGCCGUCGUCGCGGCGGUCGUCCGAGGUGGACGCCAACGGGCACGCCCUGCACGAGGGCAACGAGUCCUCGCUGCGCCUCGAGUUCUACCCGCCCUUCGGCGCGCCGCCGCCCGCCGGGGUCACGCGCUGCGGCGAGCACACGGACUGCGGCACGCUGUCCAUCCUGGCGCAGGACAGCGAGGGCGGCCUGGAGGUGCAGACCGCCGACAAGCAGUGGGCGCGGGUCGGCCACUUGCCCGGCGCGCUGCUCAUCAACACCGGCGACGUGAUGAGCGCCUGGACGUGCAACCGAUACGCGCCCACGCUGCAGCGCGUCAUCGUGCCGGAGCAGCCCAAGGUGCGCGCGCGCGGCCGGCACGCCGUGGGCUUCCUGGUGCAGCCCGACAACGACACCCUCAUCUGCCCCAUCGAGCGCCUGGCGCUGGCCGCGCAGGCCGCCAACGGCAGCGCCGGGCUGGCCGGCCACUGCCUGCAGGGCCCCAUGCGCGCCGAGCUGUUCGUCGACUCGAGCCGCCGCCGGAAGCGCUCCUUCUACGCGCCGCACCACAACAUCGCCAGCAGGCUGAGGGAGACGGCCGCGUCCUGAGGCCGAGGCCGCCGACGUCGCCGCCCCACGAGUCCCG